AUGCCCCCGCGGCCGUCCCUCCACUCGCUGCUCCUGAUGGCCGCCUCCGCCUCGUCCUCCGCCGCCGCGGCCGGCGGGGGCUCGGGCCGCCUCCUCGCCGCGGGCGGUCAUCGCAUCCGUAUGCUCCACUCCUUCUCGCCGGGACGCGUCCCCAGGCGGCCCGAGGUAGCCUGCUGCGUGCGCGGCGCCCCGGACGCGCGGCGGUCGGCCCCCGCCCCCGCCCCACUGCGCUCCAGGAACGUUCAUUCAGCAAGCAACUAUGGAGCUGCUUCUGAGAGACUUGGGCAGCUCAUUCAGAAAUUGAAAAACAAAGGUAUUAAUCCGAAGCAGUGGAGACUUGGAAAUUUCCAGCGCAUGUUGUGCCCACAGUGCAAUGGUGGAUCUAGUGAGGAGUUGAGUCUCAGCGUCUUCAUCCGAAAGGACGGUAUGCAUGCAACGUGGAACUGUUUUAGAUCUAAAUGUGGCUGGAGAGGUUUUAUCCAGGCUGAUGGAGUUACCAACAUUUCCCAAGGAAAGACUGACAUAGAAAGUGAAACUGACCAAGAGGUUGAAGCUAAGAAGACAGCAAAUAAGGUUUACAGAAAAGUCAUUGAAGAGGACCUCAAUCUUGAGCCACUUUGUGACGAGCUUGUAGAAUACUUUUCUACGAGAAUGAUUUCAGCAGAAACACUUCGAAGGAAUAAAGUAAUGCAACGUAACUGGAAUAAUACGAUAUCCAUUGCUUUUACCUAUAGACGUGAUGGAGUUCUUGUUGGCUGCAAAUACAGGGCAGUUGAUAAGACAUUUUCACAGGAGGCAAACACGGAGAAAAUUUUUUAUGGUCUGGAUGAUAUAAAGCGUGCACAUGAUGUUAUCAUUGUGGAGGGUGAAAUUGAUAAGCUGUCCAUGGAUGAAGCUGGCUAUCGUAAUUGUGUCAGUGUGCCAGAUGGUGCACCACCCAAAGUGUCCAGUAAAAUCCCAAACAAAGAACAGGCAUCUAGGAUAAUAUUAGCAACUGAUGAUGAUCAUCCAGGUCAGGCUCUGGCCGAGGAACUUGCUCGUCGACUUGGUAAAGAAAGAUGUUGGAGAGUCAAGUGGCCAAAGAAGAAUGAUACAGAUACUUGCAAGGAUGCAAAUGAGGUACUGAUGUUUUUAGGUCCACAAGCAUUGAGAAAGGUUAUAGAAGAUGCAGAACUGUAUCCUAUAAGAGGCCUUUUUUCAUUCAAAGAUUUCUUCCCAGAGAUUGAUAAUUACUUUCUUGGAAUACAUGGUGAUGAGCUUGGUAUUCAUACUGGAUGGAAAUCUUUGGAUGAUCUUUACAAGGUUGCUCCUGGGGAAUUGACUGUAGUAACUGGAGUACCGAAUUCUGGUAAAAGCGAGUGGAUAGAUGCUUUAUUAUGCAAUAUAAACAAACAAUGUGGGUGGAAAUUUGUUCUGUGCUCGAUGGAAAACAAGGUAAAGGAGCAUGCUAGGAAACUCUUAGAGAAGCACAUUGAGAAACCAUUCUUUGAUGCUAGGUAUGGUGGGGAUGCACAGAGGAUGACUCCUGAUGAAUUUGAAGCAGGAAAACAAUGGUUAAAUGAAACUUUCCAUCUUAUUCGGUGUGAAGAUGAUAGCCUUCCAUCUAUUAAUUGGGUUCUUGACCUUGCAAAAGCUGCAGUUCUAAGACAUGGAGUGCGUGGUCUCGUGAUUGAUCCUUAUAAUGAACUUGACCAUCAGCGCCCCUCAAACCAGACGGAAACAGAAUACGUCAGCCAGAUUCUUACCAAGGUUAAGCGCUUUGCUCAGCACCAUUCAUGUCAUGUAUGGUUUGUUGCGCAUCCUAGACAGCUUCAUAACUGGAAUGGAGGCCCACCUAAUAUGUAUGACAUAAGUGGAAGCGCACAUUUCAUAAACAAAUGCGAUAAUGGAAUUGUCGUCCACAGAAACAGGGAUCCAAAUGCUGGCCCCCUUGAUGUUGUGCAGGUUUGUGUGAGGAAGGUGCGGAAUAAAGUGAUUGGACAAAUAGGAGAUGCUUUCUUGACAUAUGACCGGGUUACUGGUCAAUAUAAGGAUGCUGGUAAAUCCACUAUAGCAGCUGUAACAGCAGUGCAAAAGCGGCAAAACAGUUAUGCAAAGAGUAAAAAGGACAAUGUGGCAUAUGAGAUGCCAUUUCCACAUCCUGUUGAAGACGACUCGGUUUCUGGUGAAGACGACUCAAUUUCUAGUGAAGACGGCGGGAAUAGUUUUGGUCUCUGA